ACACGAAAGCGUUUAAAAAACUCCCGUCCCGCACGCACGCCGACUCUAACAACGCUGAGCGCGUCAAAGCGACAGUGUUUGGGUUCUUCUCCUGAAAUCCCAUUCGUGGAGUAUAACAGCAAAUCUGUCGUCCUUCACAUAUUCGAUCAAUGGCAUUCAUCAUGAUGAAAAAGAAGAGGUUUAAGUUUAAAGUAGACCUGGAGCUGGAGGAGCUGUCAUCUGUCCCAUACGUGAAUGGAGUUCUGUUCUGCAAGGUUCGACUGACGGAGGGAGGCUUUUCAGAUGAGUCCUCAAGAGAGCCAGUUCUGGUGAAUUGUGUUAAAUGGAAGAAAAGAUUCUCCUUUUUAUGCAAGAUGAGUGCUAAUGCAGGUACAGGGGUGUUGGAUCCAUGUGUUUUUCGGGUAUCCGUAAGAAAGGAGCUCAAAGGUGGGAAGACAUUUGCAAAGCUUGGCUUUGCUGAUUUAAACUUGGCUGAGUUUGCUGGUUCAGGAAGCACCACACGGCGUUGUUUAUUGGAGGGGUACAACACCAAAAACACUCGUCAGGACAACUCUAUACUGAAGUUAAUAAUCAGUAUGCAGCUAAUGUCGGGUGACCCCUGCUUUAAAACGCCUCCAUCCACUGCAAUGACCAUUGGUUUUCCCGGAGAAACAGAGACAUCUCUACAUGAGGACAGAAGAGGAGAGACGCAGAAUGCAACUCAUGUCUAUACAGAAAACCCAGGAAAAAGUGGCUUCAGUCAUGGUUCUGUUCCAGAUGAACUGGGAAAGUGUGGCCACUCAAGAACCGCCAGCUACGCCAGCCAGCAGUCCAAGUUUUCCGGCUACAGCACAGGUCACUCGCGCUCCUCCAGCCUGACGGAGUUCUCUCAUAGGAGGAACUUGUCUGUGGGCAGUGCCUCCACUGGGAUUGGCAGCCUACCAGAGCCCAGUGAGGACAGAGAGUCUCGCACACUGGCUUGCACACCUUUACCCCAGCACUUAGCCACACCGUCCCACAGUGGGAUCACAGCCAACAGGCAUCCUGUAAAACAGGACUCGGUUGAGUCUCAGCUAAAGCGAGUGGAUGCUACCAGAGUGGAUGCUGAUGAUAUCAUUGAGACAAUCCUCCAGGGUCAAGACUUCAGCCACAGCAUACUAGACUCUAGUAAUGAAGAAGAGGGUCUGCGACUGUUUGUUGGGCCGGGAGGCAGCACUGCACUGGGCUCUCAGCACACCAGGGUUGGUGCAGGAGCUUUUGAACAGGUGGUUAUAAAACGCUAGACUGAAUGUCCGUGGUGGAAAGUGAUGUAAUAUCCUGUGUAAAACGAGAGGAUUGCAGUUGUCUUCUGUCACAAGCAGCAGUUCUAUGCUGGGCUCCUGACACAUUCAUGGGCUCUAGGAAUUUGUGGAAUCACUGCACCCCCUAGUGAUAGAGCUCUAAAGACAGACAGAAGCUUUGCUUUAGCUCAAAGUAACAGGAAAUACUUGGAUUGGUAUUGUUUUACCAAAAAUAGAUGGUUAUAGUUCUCACAGACAUUUAAAAACAAAUGCUUGGAACCACUGGUGGAACUGAAAAGGCGUGUUACAGAUUAAGGACUAUUUUUAAUAUAGAAUUCAGCUUUUUCAAAUCCACUGACAUGGACUGAUGCACUUUGGAUUGUCUGAUGUUUACUUGGUUGGAUGCUGCUAUUUUGUGGGUGGAAAAAAUCAAGUACCAAUCAUACUAAUUUAACAUAUACCACUGAUUUCAAGUGGACAACGUGAAAUCAUAUUUUGUCAUUUUGUGAGGCCAUAAAUGUAGUGUAAAUGUUACAAAUGUGUUGAUUUAAAAGAAAACUGUAUAAAUAUACAGUAAACAGGUGACAGAUAGUCUGUACCGUAGGUGGCUGUUGCUUCAACACCCGGACGAAGUGACCCUCAAACUAGUGAGUUUUCUAAGAUCCCAGUUUGUGCACCUUUUUGUCAGCAUAAACAAGACUCAACCACAAGUUGCACUGGAAUGGACACUGCAAAUAGCAGACUGUUUGAUAAAAUGGCAUAAUCCAAAUUCUAUUUACAGGCAUUAUUUUUCAAUUAAGGAAAAAUGCAGAAGACCUGAGCCAAUCAGGAUCCAUUUUUUUUUUUUUUUUUUUUUUUGGAAGGGGUUUGUAAAUGAUUGUAUACAAUUUAUUACUUCAAAAAUUUGUUUGAACGAACAUGCCAAUUUUAAAGGCUAAUAAAAGGGCUGUUUAUCAGAUUUCA